AUGGCGCUCUGUAUCGACACAUACUGCCCGUUGACCGGUAACCCUUCUAUGAGCCUGAUAGAGGACUACUGGGCCUCUCAUCUCGGAACGGGAACUCUCGGAAACUACAAAUACGUUCCUGUCAUGUCCUACCAUGAUGCCCUGAGCGAGGCCCGGGCAGAUGAAUCUGACGCUACUCUCAAUACGAACUCAACAGAAGCCAGCAACGCGACCACACACAAUACAAUGGACAUGAGGAUUCUAAAGGCUCGUCGACACGUUUCAGUAAUUGAAAGGGAAUCGGGAUUAAUCACUUUCGACGUUUCCAGCCCCUUACCCAUGGCUGCUGGCGCCCGCAAGCCGUUGAAUGUUACAAGCUUCGUCGAUCCCGAAGAUUGGCAAAUGCAGUAUAAUUAUUUAUCUAACUUUGAGAUGAAUGAAUCUGGCCAUUCGACAAUGGCAAUUAUCAUUGCAAUAGUUGCCAUCCUCCUUCCCAUCCCGCUCUCCCUCCUCCGUCUCAUCCCCGGACUCUCGAAGAGUCGCGGAUGGACUUAUGCCAAAUCGAUGUUAGUCUACCCUUCUGUAUGGGGCAAAUAUCAUCGUGAGCCUGUGGCCGGGGCCUGGGUGCCAACCCGCGGACAAGCUAUGUACAUAUUCCUCAUCAGCUUCCUCAAUCUCAUCCUCCUCCUAGCGCCCUACGUCAUCACCCAACCGCAGGCGAGCUUUUCUUCGAGGGACUUGCAAACACUGAGCAUUGUCGGCAACCGCGCUGGUGUCAUGGCUAUGGGGAACGUCGUGGCAUUGUUCUUGUUCGCGACGCGAAACAACGUGCUGCUCUACAUCACCGACUGGAGCUAUAGCACAUACCUUCUGCUGCACCGCUGGCUGGGGUAUUGGGCCGCCUUCCAUACAAUCCUCCAUUCAUUCAUGCUUUUGUCGUAUUACAUCGUUAACGGCACCUACCAGGACGAGUUGGCGCGUCCCUAUUGGUCCUGGGGCAUAGUGGGGACUGUCGCCGCUUCCGCCAUCCUGCCCUUUUCCCUGCCUUGGGUACGGCAAAAGUUGUACGAGUUCUUCCUUGCAUCGCAUGUCGUGCUCGCUCUACUUUUUAUCCUCGGAUACUACUAUCAUAUUUGGUAUUGUUACGAGUAUAAGUGGGGCUAUGAGAUCUGGAUUUUUAUUGCCGGUGGCAUCUGGGGAGCCGAUCGUGUUGCGAGAUUGGCUCGUACGGCAUUGCAGGGCAGCCAUACCGCGGACAUCACCUUAAUCAAGGACACAGACGGAGAGUACUUCCGUAUAGAUGUCCAGGGCACAUAUCUCAAGGAUGGCGUUGCGUACCUCUGUUUCCCGACGUUAGACUGGCGCUUCUGGGAGAACCAUCCUUUCUCCGUAGCAUAUUGCAGUUUCGGAGGCAGAAAUAACGGCGAGCAGGAGUCCAAUCCUACGUCUGACGAGAACCAACAAGACGCUGAGAAAUCGACUAAUAGCGCAUCAACGGCCAUCGCCACUGCCGAUGUAUCCACACACAACAGUAAAGACGCCACCACGACUUUCUUCGCCCGCAGCCGUACUGGAAUUACUAAGAAGCUCUUAGCUCGCAUUUCUGGAGUGUCAGGCUCGUCGACGCGCCUCCGAGUCUUGAUCGAUGGGCCGUACGACCACUCCGGACACACCUCUUCGCAGCUCGCGGAGUGCACUGGCAUCCUAUGCGUUGCCGGUGGCGUGGGGAUCACCGCCUGCCUACCGCAUCUAGAACAGAACACCGCAAAGGAGAGGAAAUUAUUCUGGUCGAUCCGAAAGCCGGGCCUCGCAGCCGAGCUAGCCCCCGCCUUGGCCGCGCUCGCGGGAAGUGUUCAGGUCGAGACUCUGGUUGGGCGACGUUUGGAUCUGGACUCUAUUCUCGGACAGGAAAUGUUGGGAGGGAAGAAUAAAGGGCCCCUGGCUAUCAUUGUUUGUGGGCCCCCAAGUAUGGCAGAUGAUGUACGCCAGAAGGUCGUAUCUUUGGCCAGGGGGAGCCCUCUAAGCCGGCCUUAUGUGCUUUUGGAUGAAGCAUUUAGCUGGUAA